GCUCAGGUUAUUUUCAGUUUUCAUGUUUGUCAUGUAUAUUUUUUUUGUUAUUUUAGCUGUGUAUGAAUUAGUUUUUCUUUUUUUUGAUAGUCUAAGAAAGAUAAAUCUUCUUCCCACUCCUCUGAUGGAUUUACUAGGCAGUCUGUGAGUAAGUUUGCUAGUGUUAUUGGUUUUAUGUCUGAAGAGAAGAAGGCUAUUGUUAGGCGAUAUGGAUUUGGAUCACUUCUGCUUUUUGACAAGUGUUUUUUUCCUAAGAAGUUUUCCAAGUGGUUGGCGUCUCAUGUUGAAGUGAAGUAUGGUGAUCUUAUUGUUAAUGGAAAAGUUAUAUCAUUGACAGCUGAUUCAGUUAAUCUUGUGCUUGGUAUUCCACUUGGUGGUACAUCUUUUCCUUCAAAUUACUCUGCUGGAAAAGCUACUGUUUUGUCUAAGAUUGGGAAGACAUCUUUGCCUCAAAUAUCUUUCUUUGUUGAUAAAUUGAGAGCUGAGAGUCUUAGUGAAGAAGAAGUGAUAGUUUGUUUCUUGGUUUUUGCUCUGCAUUGUUUCCUCUAUCCGAACUCUAACCUUGUUCCUAGCCCCCGAUAUCUUGGUGUAUUUGAAGAUAUUGAGCAUUUGAGGUCUUAUGACUGGUCUGGGUUUGUUUUACGCUGGAUGCUUCAUGGUGUCAAGAACUUCAACAAAGGGAAGAAAGAUGUUCACAAAUCUUCUGUAACUCUUGGUGGUUGUAUGUUUUAUCUUGCUGUUAUGUAUUUGGAUCAUGUUGAUUUCUCUCAUCGCCAAGUGAGUUAUUCGUUUCCUCGAAUCGGAGUUUGGAAGCAGAGCAUGAUCAAAGAUUAUUCUGAUCUUGAUCUAAAAUCUCCUUCUCAAUAUGGAAUGAGGUCGCUUAUUGAUUUUGACAAGACUUGCUAUCAAAAGGUCUAG